CAAACAACUCUCUCAUUCUCUUUCUAUCGUUCUUCUCUGUCUCGACAUUUCAUCAAACAAUUCUCUCAAUUAACUAUGGCAUCUGGUUCUCAUAAUACUUUUGAAGAAUCAGAAGAAUCAGAAGAUGAUAUGUUUGAUCAAUACUUUGAUCAAUAUUCUGAUCAGUUUUUCGAAAAACUUACCAUUGAUUAUGCUAAUCAACUGGAAGAAAUAGAAAACAGAAAAAAAAGAAUUCAUAUCGAAAGAAAUCGGGAAGAAGGCGAUCAACGUUUAUGGAAUGAUUAUUUCAGUGAAACUCCAAUAUAUCCUGAAAAUAUAUUCCGACGACGAUUUAGAAUGAAGAAGCCAUUGUUCAUGCAUAUUGUUGAUCGACUCUCCAAUGAAGUUCAAUACUUUCGACAAAAGAAAGAUGCUCUCGGAAGGCUUAGUCUCUCUCCACUUCAAAAGUGUACAGCAGCCAUUCGUGUCUUGGCAUAUGGUUCUAGUGCUGAUGCUGUUGACGAAUACCUCCGACUUGGUUCAACUACUACUCGGGCAUGUCUGGAACAUUUUGUGGAAGGAAUAAUAAAUUUAUUCGGCGAUGAGUACCUAAGAAGACCAACACCGGAUGAUCUUCAACGUCUACUUGAUGUUGGUGAGUAUCGUGGAUUUCCCGGGAUGAUAGGAAGCAUCGAUUGUAUGCAUUGGGAAUGGAAGAAUUGUCCCACCGCUUGGAAAGGGCAAUAUGCACGUGGUUCGGGAAAACCCACAAUCGUUUUAGAGGCGGUUGCUUCGUAUGAUCUAUGGAUAUGGCAUGCGUUUUUUGGACUUCCAGAUACCUCAAAUGAUAUCAAUGUUCUUGAUCGCUCACCUGUUUUCGAUGACAUAAUAUAUGGUCAAGCUCCGAAAGUCAAUUUCUCUGUCAAUGGAAGAGAGUAUCAUAUGGCUUACUAUCUCACCGACGGUAUUUAUCCGAAAUGGGCGACUUUCAUCCAAUCUAUUCCACUACCACAAAGUGAGAAAGCGGUGGUAUUUGCUAAAAAACAAGAAGCUUACCGAAAAGAUGUCGAGCGUGCUUUUGGAGUCUUGCAAGCUCGCUUUGCGAUUAUUAAGAACCCAGCACGUUUUUGGGAUAAAGCCAAAAUUGGGAUGAUUAUGAGAGCAUGCAUUAUACUCCAUAACAUGAUAGUUAAUGACGAACGAGAUGGAUACAAUGUUGUUGAUUUUUCAGAUUUCGAAGAAGACACCAGAAGUUCACAUGUCGAUCCCGAACUUGAGGACGUAAUGCCUCCAAGUAUGGCCACAAUGAUGGGUGUUGAAACUACAAUUCGUGAUGAACAAAUGCAUCGACAACUGAAAGCUGAUUUGGUCGAACAUAUAUGGAAUAAAUUUGGAUCAGAUGAAGACAACAACUGA